UAGUUAGUUCGAACAUCGUCCGUAAUAAACCAUCGACCCCCGACCCUCAACAUGUAAUACAUAAAGCGUUGGUAUAACUAAUUCACGUUAACAACGUACAGUAGGUAGAUACACAAUCGAUCGGAAGUAGUACAGUUGUUCGAAGGCUUUUGACGCGGUUUUAAAUCCAAAUCCAACUUCUAGCUUAAGUAAAGCUAUUUUACUACGUAUUUAUACUUCUUUUAUGAUAAUGGAUUUAAUUCGUGUUAUAGUUACAAUAUUGUUAUAUUUUGGAAGGAAAUAUUAACACGCUCCGCGCCAGAUUAAACCGAGACAAAGCUUGGAAGAUAUAAUGAAAGCCGAAGAGUCAUGUGAAGAAAAAAUAAUUAUACAAAAAUUUUAAAGCAACAGAGGGAACAGUAAUUAUUAAAUGACGCAGAGAUGAGUGUGAACUUCAUAUUUUUUACAGUUUUUAAUAUUUUUUGUUUGAAUAUUUGUGUUAAGUCGGAAGCAAAGUUACGCCCGAUAUACAAUAGUGGUCACGACGUUUUAUUUGUAGCUAGAUGUGAAGCAAAGUGUUGGAGAAGUCAAAAUAAAGGGUGUUUAAGGGAAUGCUUACUGAGGCCUUAUAUUAAACCUGGUUUAUGUCCUCAGAACACCACUAUCUUGUCACCUUUCGCCAGGGUUUGUCUAGAGCUUUGCCAUGCCGACUCUCAUUGCCCUAGAUUAGAAAAAUGUUGUGCUCAUCAUUGUGGAAUUACCUGUCAAGAGCCAGACCAAUUGUCAUCUGCUGUAGGUGUUCCCGGUAUACCAAGGGAGAUAAUCAUUACAGAACUAAGAAAGCGAGCUGUACAUAUUCAAUGGACGAAAAAAAGCCAUUACAAUCUGAAUAAUUCAUCAACUGUUAUUUUCUUAAUUGAAGAACGACACCAUCCUGGAAAACACUAUACUGAAGCCAAGUUAACUAAAUGGACACCAUUCUUAACAACAGAUAAGACAGAGUGUUUUUUGAAAAAGGCUAUUAAACCUGGAAAUUGGUAUCAAUUUAAAAUAGCAGCUGUAAAUGAGAAUGGUACCAAAGGAUAUUCGAAAACUUCUUAUCCAUUUAGUACUAGUGUAUCUCCAAAACCACCUAAGAAACCUUUGGAUAUAGCCGUUAGCCGUCUAUAUAAAACUAAAAAUGGAAGUAUAAAUGCAGAACUCAAAUGGAAAGAACCACCUUCCGACUUACCGGUUCAGAAAUACAAGCUGUUUUGGAGUAUUCGACUACACGGUAUCAAGGCCCUUGAUUCAGUGUUCGUACGACAUCAGUUUGUUUCAAAGGAGCAGAAAACAUUCCUGUUAAAGAAUUUGAGUGCAAACUCUGAAUAUUUUUUGCAACUACAAGCCAUUUCCCAGUUUGGAAAACAACGCUUGAAAAGUGACAAAUCAAAUUUGCUUCUUAAUACAACUUUAUAUAAAAAGGGAGUUCCUUAGCAACAAAGGAAUAGAUCAUGGAAUCAGCCAUCAAAUCAAUGGAAUAGAUCGAAACAUUUUGCCAAAUGAUUUUACUGUUAUUUAUUAAUUAAUGUGUAUUGAAAAUAAUAUGAAUAUGUGACGUCUAGUAAAUUGGAAUGUAUAUUUUUAUAUACUGUACCGUUAGUAUUUAUUUUGUAUGGAAUAAAUGGACUUGUAAAUUAA